AUGAGGCCUCUGCUGCUCGUCCUCCUGGGGCUCUGCUGCCUGGCGCUGCGCGCUGUGGAAGGUGUGGGGACUGAGGUCCUGGAUCAGCAAAUCUGUCUGAGCCUGACUACCCAGCCGCUGCCCGUGAGCAGAAUCAAGACCUACACCAUCAAGGAGGGGCCCAUGAAGGCAGUCAUAUUCAUCACCAAACGUGGCCUUAAAGUCUGUGCCGACCCACAUGCCAACUGGGUGAAGAAGGCGGUGCGGACCGUGGACAAGUCCAGGAGGAUGAACGUGAACCAGACCAAGCCCACGGGGGCCCAGCUGCCCACUGGGACGGCUCUGACCCGGGCGAGGUAGUGGCCUCGUUCCAUCGAGCCAGAGGCUGGUGUCUCCUUGCAAGCCCUCUCCUAAGGACUGAUUAAAUUAUAGCACCUUUUCUGAAGUUGUUGUCUUGUAUAUUUACUCUUUGUGUUUUCCUAUUCCUUCAG